AUGGGUAUGGUCUUGACUCCUCUAGCUGGUGUUGUCCAUGGGUCAACUCUAGCCUUUCCUUCCCUGGCCCCUAUACCCGACUCUCGUAUGCACACACCUUCACUCACACCCCCUGAUCAUUUCGAACAACCUCCACCUGUUCCCCCUCACCCACAACCUCAAAGUUCUUCCAGUGGCGAGUCAAGUAGAAGACAAUCAGCAGCUUCUCUCCUGUUGAUGCCCGGAUCUUACUUUUCCAACCCCACCUCAACACCUUUCCCAAUAACGACCACUUCCACAAUCGUCGAUAGACCAAGACCACAACCCCUGUCCAUUCCUCGUUCCACUUCAGAAGAACCCUUAUUCUCAUCAUAUCCAGAUGCCGGACCUAGCAGGUCAUCUAGUAGAGGAUCCUCAUUCCGCUUACGCUCAUCCCUCGCACUCACCUCCCUCACUCGACAUCGACAUCGACGCGAAAGCUCAACCGAUACCUCGGCCGACGAGGGCUUCGUAACUUGUGUCGAACCCGCUCCUUUCGCCCAGUCAUCAGACUUACCUUCUUCAAACCGCAGUUUCAAGGGUCGUAGGAGGGCGCAAACCAUGAUUCAGGCGGAUCGGGGGUUCGGUCCGCAAGUAGGAAGAGACACGCCCCCUCCUCGCGCUCUAACUUUCACUCGAUCUUUCAAUAGCUUUCGAAGGAGAAGAGCUUCCAUGGGUUCUUCUCAUGUUCCUUCCGAAUUAGACGGACCUGACAGAGGCCAGCAAUGGUCGGGCAUGCCUGAUCGAGAUCCUCGACGAUAUCCACCUGUCUCUUUUCCAUUUUCACAACGAGGUCAAUCUGAUUAUACCCUACAAUCUGUUUCAACGAUCACCACCGUUCGACCUCUCGCAUCUCCCAGUAUAUCUCAACGUCGCUCCAGUCUUUCUACUUCUCCCCAUGACGUUCUUGGUCUUACCUAUGUCUCGCCAAACCCUACCACACAAGCAGGAGAGAUAUUGAUACCCGAUGAUCUCGUCAUGCCCCAUGAUCCGCCAUUGAGACGCAGCUCGCUGGACGCGACUGGUAUGCUGCGAGAUGACCAAGCGUCUCCCAACGUGGAUAGUACGGACAGGCAUCGUCAUUCCGACGCCCAAUCCCUUCUUUCAUCAUCUAUGACAACUACCGAAGCUUCUGAUGCUCUAUUCUCUCCCCCGGGAUCUUCUGAUAGACAUCCGCUGUCCUCAGCGACUACCUCACUAUCUAGGAGUGCCAAGAGCGGUGAUGAAGGUGUUGAAGGGCAAGAUAAAGAGAAAGUGACAGAUGUUUCUGUCAUUCGUUUGCAAAGAAGUUUGGAAUGGGAAGCAAGACAACAUAGACAUCAUCGUCGUGUGGAGAACCGAAAGAUGGUCCUUUUGGAAUUAGUGGAGACGGAAGUGACCUAUGCCGAGGAUCUAAAGACACUCGUUCAAAUCUAUCUACCUCAGUUGGCUGCUCUUCCCACAGUUUCCGAACGGACUACCGCCAUGGUGGCACGGAAUGCAUCUGCCUUGUUGGACAUUCAUCAGGUUCUAGCGAUGAGGAUGGUAGAGGUCAUCAAGGAAGAAGGUUUGAACUUUGAUCAACAAGCCGAAACUUCGACCACGGAAAAGGUAGAACGUGCGGCUCGACGUGUGGCAGCACUCUUCGUAGAGAAUGCCGACUUCUUGGGUGCCUACAAGGAGUAUUGUGCGGGCUCUAUAGCGGCAGCUUCGUUAGUCCGACACAUAUCAAUGCGGUCAGACUACGAAGCUUUCGAACGACGGUGUCAAAUCAUCUCAUCAGGUCAACCUCAUUCAAGCUUGCAAGAUCUUCUCAAUGAUGCAGACCCUUCGUAUCACCCUUCCAAUCGCUCUCGACUACGUUUCCGUGAUUUCCUCAUCACGCCUGUUCAACGAAUUUGUCGCUACCCCUUACUUCUCAAUCAGUUGGCAAGUUCUGCCUCCAGUCCCAUGCCAGACCGUACCGAUUUCUUUGAUGAACAGGAGGGCAUUGGAAAAGAUGUCGAAGCGGCAUUGGCCGUGAUGCGCUCCGUGGCAGAAGAUGCGGAUGAAGCGAGAAGACUGAAAGAAUCUGAGAUCAAGAGCUCCUCCGUCAUCUCGCGUAUGGACUAUCACCCGCUCAUCACUCCGAUGUUCCUUAAAAGUCUUGGGACAUGUCGGCUCGUUGGGUCUUUGGACGUUUUACAUCAUCAUCCUACUCUUGCUCCUCUGGUCCCGCCCGUCAAAGUCAAAUACCUCGCUGCCUUCUUGUAUAGGGGGUAUCUGGUUCUUGCCAAGGUGAAGAAAGGCAAGACCUACGAACCGAGGCAUUAUCUGCCUUUGGAGGUCUUUCAGCUUAUCGACAUCACUGAGGGUUUUCUGCCUCAUUCCAUACGACUCGUACUUCAGGAGCACAACUUUGACCUGGCGGCUUCUUGUGAGACUGAGAAGGAAGUUUGGUCAGCAGCUCUUUGUGCCGCCAAGGAAGACAGUGUCAUUCCACCUUUCGAACUUCCUGCCAGUGUAUCGCCGUUCACCCCUCGAUCUAGACGAACUUCACUAGCCUCUCAACCAGAGGAUGACGAUCCUCCCUCACCCAAGACCAAACGACAUACACUAGCUUUUCCUCCUGGAGAAAUGAACAUGGCUGCACUUACAACCUCUCCGAUCAACGUGAUAGAUUUCAAGGCGACUCCCGUGUCUUCACCCUUGCGAUCGUCGUUCGGGUUCACACCUGACCGUCAAGGACGUCCAGGUCAACCAUCCACUAUCCUCCUUCGCCGACCAUCUGCCACUCGUCGUCUGCUGGUUGAUCGCGGUUUGAUGGAUGUUUUCUCAGAAUCAUGUGCCACGGCUAGAAGCAAAGCUCAACUUCAUCAAGCUCUCUUUCUUCCCGACAUGCCACCAAGUGAACUUCGAGACAAACUGGCUAUCAAAGAAUCGACCAUGCUUCGACGUCGAAGAUCAUUCCUUGAUGCCAGACCUGCAUCUUUCGACAUUGCCUUCACUGGUGAAAUACGUGGAUCUGUCAUACCCGUCCGACCUUCCAGAUCAGCAAUCAAACGUCGUACCUUACCUCCUGAGGUUCUUCUCGGGGAACCUAUCUCUCGAGAAACAGCUGAAUUGGACGAUAAAGACGAAGCGAGUGAAGCGGCCACAUCAGAUUAUGGAACCAUGCGAAAUUUACAUCAAUCUACCAUGUCUAGAAGCGAUUCAGUGAUUUCUUUCUCCCCCGCUCCAACGCCCAAGAGAUCCACGACAUCACUUCGUGCUGCAUACACCACCGGAGGUUUAUUGAAUAGACGUAAAACGGCUUCUGCUUAUAACCUCACUAGUAGACCGUUUCACACAACAAGAGCUAAAUCAACCCCGAAUACUCCUAGACAUGUACCUCUUCCUCCGAUAAUGUUCAAACAUCCCUCUGAAACAAGUACGGUGUUAGCUCGUGAUAGUCCUAGAUCUCCAGUUCAGUCUUUGAACCCGACUGCGAAUCUAAACACGGGAUCAAGCAUCAAAACGAGUGAAUCAUCUUCGACUUGGGAGUCAUUCAGAAGGACAAUGAGUUUUCGUAUACUCAACAGAUCCAAGGGAUCAAUAACGAGUUUUGAUGAGACUACGCAAGAUGACGAUCCAUCUUCUAUCAUGAGCAGCUCUUACGAAGGUGUUUCUGGUCGAAAAGGGUCCACCGGGGGAAGUUCUUAUCAAGGUGUUUCUGGACAGAAGGAGUUGACCACAAGCAGUUUUCAUGACGGUGUUGAUGGACAAACGGGUUCAACCGCGGGGAGUUCUUAUGAUGGCGUUUCGGGACAGAAAGGGGAAGACAGUGUGGUAGAUCUCUCGGAGAAUCUGAAGGAGAGUGGUAGUAGUGGAUCUCUGGAUAGAGGUAGGGGAUGGAAAUGGGAAAAGGAGAAGGAGGUGGGUAAGGAUGAAGAUGGGUUGUUCACUACUCCAAAGAGGAAGAGGUUGUUUGGGAGUUUGAGCAGGUUUACUCCCAUUUGACGGAUUGAAAUCUUGCGGCCAUUUCCCCUCUUUGGCGAUAAUGAACACUCAAAUCCCCCCAAUCGCAACUACGACUUUGAGGAGGCUUCGCCCUACAUUAGAAGAGAUCUUCUCAAUUCGAUAUCUGGUGAUUUCGCCAAGAUGGCAUGUAGCAAACAAUCGUUUCGUCUCUGUAUCAUAAGGAGCUAGUCUCACGGCUCAAGGCUCAAGUCUCAAGCAAGUCAAAUAUCCGAUUUCCCAGUUUCUACUGGUAUAGUACUUUUGGUCUUCGGAGAAAGACAGUUUGUACGCUCUAAUGCGGGUGGUGUAAUUUGGAAGUUCGGACGGAUGAUGAUUAUGAAGACACGAUAUGAUGCAAUUGUUGUGAUAUAG